CCCAUCCUCCUCCUUUUUAUUCUGUUCGAAUUCCUCCUCUCUUCAUUGCACCCAUAUCUCUUUCUCUCUCUCCGUCUUCGCUCUCUUUCUGUCUUCUAUCUCUCCCUCCCUCUCCGUGAUUUUCCAUGGAGCCACCUAAGGAGAAGUCUCCUAAAUCAGUCGUCUCCUCGCGGUCGAAACUGAGAUACCCUUUGCGAUCAGCGAGCAAGCCAAAGGAUGAGAAAUCAGCAACUGCAGAGACGAAGAUUCCUUUUUCUGCUUCGAAGAGGGAUAAAAAUGUGUCUAGUGUCAGCAAGAGUGUGAGCGUGUUGGAUUUUUCAGGCAAAGAAAAAAGCCUCAAGCUACCAAGACGGCUGUCUGUCCCUUCUAAAUCUCCUGCUGGCGCAGCCCUUCGAUCCACAGUUGGCAAUAUCACACCAAUACCAGAAAACAAGGGAAGAAGAUUGGCUAUGUCCAAUGAGAAAGGUGAUACACCAGCAUCUGAUGCAUCUAGGUCCAUCAUAAGACGGAAAUUCAGUGUUCUGUCGUCUACAUCAUACUGGUUAUCACAGAUCAAGCUGUCUGAAUCAGCUUCGAAACACUCGAUUUCAUUGGGCUUCUUCAAAUUAGCCUUAGAAGCAGGAUGCGAGCCCCUUAACAAGUUAAAGGAUGAACUGAAAAGAUAUGCUCGUCGUCAUCAUAUUCUUGAUCUUGGUGAACCGGCAAAAGAAGUUCUGAGGAGUUACAACAUCCUAGAAGAGGUUGAGCAAUCACAAAUGUCAGAAACUUCCUCUUUGGUUCAUGAGGACGAUGACAGCUCAUCGGAAGUUACCAUAGGAAGGCAUGGAAGUAUGAAGCCCAUGGCAGUUAAUUCAGAAAAUUCUGCAUCUUCUGUCACUCAAGGAGUCGAAGUGAGAAAGCCUGGAAUACAGAGAAGAAAUAAUGCUUCGCUAAGCAGGGCUUCUGUUACCAGAAGCUCAGUGAAUUUGGCUUCUGUUAAUAAUUCUGUGAAGAAUUCAAAAAGGCCGGAGAAACCUGAAGUCACUGGAGACAAGGCCAAAGCCAAAAAUUUACAGAAAGAGGCGAAUGAAAAGGGUCCAGCUGAUCCACCGGGGAGUGAAGAGGUGCACGAGGACAAGGAAAAUGUGGUUGUUGAAAGUCAUAGCUUGGAAGAAGCACAAGCAGUAGCAUAGAUUAUUACUGAAGUACAUAGUUGAAGGAUUUUGAGGCCAACUUUCUUAUUUCUAGGGUUUCUCUUGGUUUUUUUUAGAGUGCUCUUGUUGUGUAGAAAUUGCAUGUCCAAUACAUUCGGGGUGCAAUGUGUGUGAGAGUUGGUUUUUCUAUUGUGGACAUUCUUUUACGUGUGGUAUGAUGGUAUGUAAUUCCUCAAUUACAGAUGUGAGAAGACAUAUUUGUAAGGUUUACAGAAUUAUAAGGACAGUGCUAUUUGGUUUUCAUGGACAAAA